AUGGAGAAGAAGCUGCUAGAAGUAGUGGAAAAGACCAGAGCGUCUCCACCUCCAGCUCCUAAAGAAAAGACGUAUGUGCCACCACCUCCGGAGGAGCACCAUUAUUACUACUGCGAGUUUCCUCCUAAAGCAGAAGCUCCGAAUCAAGUAAACGCUAUCGGCCAUUGGAACUCGGAUGGCAACUGGGUCCAAGGGAAACAAAGGGAUGCUCCAUGGAAAGAUCAUCAAAUUUCAAGUGGAAUGAUCAGAGCCCAAGACAACCACCUCAACCAUCUACACAACAGACACAGCCCUCCGAAGGGCAGCCCAAUUGGCCAGUUCGAAUUCAAGAAAGACCGAACACUAGAGGAAACAAAGGGCAGAGUGGUCAAGGGAACAGGUCAGGCGGACCCAGGACAUCAAGGCCCCCAGUCAAGCAACUCCGGGAGACAACCAAACAACCAGGUGGUGAACUAUAUUCCGCCACAUCAAAGAGGAAACCAACAACACCAAGGGAACCAACCAUACCAUCAGCCACAAUAUCAAUCUGAGCACUAUGGGCAGUCGGACUAUCCUCAGCCCAGCCACGGUGGAGGACCUUCAAAUAAGAAAUAUAACAGACACGCCAAUGAAGGUCCAGGAGAGGUUAUGGCUCCGCACCAUCCAAAUGAUGCGAUGCGCGGAAUCCAGGAGGCACAGAAGGAACAGAGGGCAGCUCUGGACAUGCUUACAAAGCAAUUUUCUCAAGUUUCCAUGUCACUAGGGGAACUGAGAGGGAAUGAAGGAAAGAUCCCUGCUACCGUGCAGCCUACUGGGCGAGAGAACAUCAGCGAGGUCUCCCUGAGGUCAGGGAAGAGCCGCGAAGAAGGAGCAGAGUCCAGUUUCCUUGAUCAAGCCGCCGGAGGAAGAGAUAAGGGAAAAGGGAAAGUAUGCGGCGAGACCACAGGAGAAGGUCAAGGCGAAGCAACUGAGAAGGCCAAGCCCUACCCCUACCGCGGCAUGAUUACAAGGAGGAGAGAUGCCACGAUUGAUGUGACCAGUUUAUUCAAGGGCGUGGAAGUCGAAGUGCCACUCCCAAUGGCGUUGAAGAUGCCCCCUAUCAGUAAAUUUAUCAAAGACUACUCGGCAGGAAAGGUCACUGAAGAAGGAAGGAUAGUCAUAGAGGAGAAUGUCUCAGCAGUGAUCCAGCGGAGUGACCUCCCAUCGAAGAAGACCGACCCAGGGAUGUUCACACUCCCAAUCUCAAUUGGAGACAUUCAAGUGGAGCACGCAAUGUGCGAUCUAGGGGCUUCUAUCAAUGUACUGCCAUAUUCUAUAUACAAGAAGCUGGGAGAGGCUAAGCCUGUCGACACCGACAUCAUGAUACAGCUAGCCGACAGGUCUAGCAUUCUCCUCGAGGGAAUUCUUGAAGAUGUGAUAGUAAAGGUGAACAAUUUCCUGUACCCAGCCGACUUCUUCGUCAUCAAAAUGACAGAGCCAACAGCGAAGGAAUCUAGUGGAGUCCUAUUGGGAAGACCGUUCCUGUCUACAACCAGCACAAUAAUCGACGUCCGCAAUGGGAUGAUCAGUCUGGACUUCAAUGGAGAACAAUUCACUUUCAACAUCGACGAAGCGAUGAAAAGGCCGAGGGACAGUGAGAACGUGCACUCGGUAGACAUAACCGAGCCUCUGGUGCAAGAGUAUCUAGAAGAGGCGUUCCUAUAG